AUGCAAGAUGAAGAUCUUUCGCCGGCUUCACCUGCGGCCUCGCGUUCUCAGGAGGCCGUGAGGAAAGAGCUGCUGCGACAACGUCUUCGGCAGGCGGGGAAGAAGCAAGCUGCGGCCGUGUUCCACGAUGGGGCCAUUCAAGGUGGCCUCGCUGGGGUGGUCAGCGCUGCCAAAGACAAAGAGGCUCGGAGCGAGAGCCCGACCGUUGGGCGUGAGCUAUCGAGAAGGAGCAACGACAGCGAUGUCAGCCGAGCAAGCUCCUUCUGCGAGGAUGGGCCUUCGCGAAGGGCGUCGGCUGCCUCCGUGGUGUCCAACAAGGGAAAAUCCCUGAACCCGGGCGAGCUCCGAAAGUCGCUCCGGAGCCUUCGAAAACCUGCGCUGCAGAUUCAGACAGAGGUGGAGGACGCUCCCCAGCGAAGUGCGACCAGGGGCACCGUGAGCGCGCCGCUCCCCCUGAAGCCCGAGAAGGCUUUGUCUUCGCUGAGCAUCUUCAAGAACUGCUGCGAGUCAUUCUUCUACCACUUGGCUGCCCUUGGUGAGCAAGUGCUGCUCAGAGGUGGCGAGUAUCGAGACCUGCGGGGACCCGGAGGCCAACGGGUCACCAGCGAUUCAGGCAAGAUGGCAGCUGCAGCUGUGGUUAUCAGCGGCACCUUCCGUGUGGAGGUGAACGGCGUCGCUACGGAGGAGCUGAAUUCUGGUCAGGCCUUCGGCUUUGCAGACGUGGUGGCUCUAGGCAUGCACAGUCAUGGCGGUCAUCGCGUCCCAACUCCUGGCAUAGUUUCCCUUCGUGCCACGACCAAGGACAUGGGGCCUCCGAACUCCGUGCGCUUGCCCUGCUGUUGCUUCCUCAUUCGUGCCGGCGCUGUGCGGCGUGCAGUCCAGGAGAUGCCGGCGGAGCAGGCUCGACUGGAGCCCUUGAUGGAGAUUCUGAGUCACAAAGGCAAAAGCAACGACUUCCUAAAGCCGUUGAUGACCGCACUGCAGUGCGGUGAGGCUGCCAGGCCACAUGUGUUACACUCCUCAACAAGGCAUCUUUUCUGCGAGGGAGAGUUGAUCGUCACGCAAGGCAAAAGGAAGUUUGAGGGCUUGGUGUUGGUCCGCCGUGGCAGCGUCUCCAUGCAAAUCAACGGUGUGGAGGUGCGGCGAUUCGCCACGGGCCAGGUCGUCGGCGAGGAGAUGUUGAUGAACGUCUCAGGAAAGUGGAGGUACAGCCUCGUCUGCUUGUCCUUAUGCGACAUUGUGAUCCUCCAUCGGAAAUCAUUCCUGGCCUCUGUCAAAAACCUAAAGUCGCCAAGCAGUUCUGAGGAGGGCCAGGAGUGCCAGCACUUGCUUUCUCUUCUCGAGGGUCAGUGGAAGGAGGAGCUGAUUAUUGUUUCCCUGCCACUCUUCCAUGGAUUUGACAGCAAAUUUCUGAGCCUCCUCCCACAGCUGAUGGAGAUGCGAGUCGUUCUGCCUGAAAACGAGAUAUGGUCAUCCACGUCACAGGAGGAGUGCCCAGAGUGCUCGCUUUUCCUGCUGUUAAGAGGCACCGCAGAGGAGCUCUUGACAAUCCAGCGGAAGCGCAGGGCUUCUGCAGAGCUCCAGCGCAGAGGAAGCGUCAACGGAGAGUUCCAGGUAAAGACGGUUCGUCGCACCAUCAUCCAGGGCGCCUGCGAGGGUGCAACGCAUAUGUUGGCCCUGCCCCAGGAAGGCGAGCGCAAGUUCGUUGCUUCGACGGUGUGCGUUGCAGCGGUUCUGCACCGAAAGGUUUUCCUUCACAUGCUGCACACUCAGAACUUGCCAAUCCAGGCAACAGAAGUGUCGGAGCUGCUUGAGGAGGUCAUGGACAAGAACGAGCCGCUCCCCGAUCACUCGCUGCCCACCUUUGACAUGCUGGAGACGUGCCUGCCGCUGCUCAGAGGCCUGGAUGAGGCCUUCAUGAGCUCACUUCUGCGUGGCGGAAUCCGACGCUUCUACAUGGAGGGCCAGCAGAUUUGCCCACCGAAGUGUCGCUCGGAAGCGUGCUUCGUUGUUCUUCGUGGAGAGGUUUGCAUCAGAAUGGCAGGUGUCACUCUGGGCACCUACCGCCACGGCCAGGCACUGCACAUCCUUGCGUUGUCAGCUGGUCCCUUCAUCCCCGCCUACGAGACCUUGUGCGUCCGUGUGAGCGAAGUUUGGGUGCUGCCUCGCACGGUGCUGAUGACAUCUUUAGACCACUAUCCCGCCAUGAAGCGCAUCCUCGGGCUGUUGACCGCAAUGCCGGUGGCGAAGCUUACCGGGCAGUCAGAAACGCAGGACGACGACGCGACUGUUCCAACAACUGCCGAGCCAUCCCCGAUGACAUCACCGCGAGCCAACCAGGGCCUUCGUGGCCUCCUAGGUAGCAAGGCCAAACUGAAAGCCUUGGAAGAAGAUCCGAAUUCCCCGGUCGACUUGGCACAGCUGUCGAUCUUCAACGGGCUUUCCAGCGAGUUCCUGCAUUGGAUCCAGGAAAACCUGGAGCCGAGGAUCGUCUUCUCAGAUGACACGCUCUUCGGAGAGGGCGAGAAGACAGAGAACCUGUACAUCGUCUGCAAGGGCAGCAUUUGCCUGGAGAAGAAGCAGCCGGAGACCUUCUCCCGUGGCUCUUUCUUCGGCGACUCGCAUCUCUUGGGCGUGUCCGAGGGAGCGGUGGCCACUGCAGUCAGCCUUGAGAUGUCUCUCGUCCAGGUUCUUAGUCGCCAAGUCUUGCUUCGCGGUUUGGCACAAUUCCCCUCAGAGGCCGAGCACUUCGACAACUUGACUGUCAACUAUCUGGAGUCUCAGGUGGACAAUGUUCUCCAUCAUGCGCCGGCCUUUGCUGACUGCUGCGAGGAGUUCAGGAGGAAGGUCUCGUCGAUGAUGCGCACGCGCUUAUUGCGGUCGGACGAAUGCCUGGUGAAGAAGGGCGCCAAGCGAGGCUCACUCUUCGUUGUGCGAACCGGCAUCGCGGUGGUCGAUGAGGAAACACCGCCUGUGCCAAAGCCGAGCGACGACGAUGCCUCAGAGUUGAGUGGAUCCACAGCUAGGACGAGGCGUCUUCAACAAUGGGAGGUUGUGAAUGCAGAUGUGGUUCUGGGGCUUGCUGCAAAGGCUCCAGUCACAGUCAAGGCUGCUGGCUUGAUGGCGGUGGCAGAGAUUGAGGACGAACGCUUCAUCGGAGUGCUGCGCAACUUUCCGUUGGAGGUGCCAAAGAUCAUCCAGAGCUUGGAAGGGACGCUUUGGCCGGAGGAGGCCGAGCAAGUUCCCUCCUUCCUCAACAACAUGGGUCAGUCCUAUUUCUCCCAGCUGACGCAGGAGGCUGAAUGGCGGAUGUUUCUGCCGGACCGCAAUGUCGUGAGGCAAGGGAUGGAGGGCAACGCCUUGUUUCUGCUGUGCUACGGUCGAGCGAUUUGUGCUGUCGAUGAUGUGGUGCUGGGCCAGCCGCUGGCUCGUGGUGAGGUGGUUGGUCGCGCCAAUUUCCUGGGGCUGAAGCCACGCUACGGGGUGACGGUCAAAGCCCAGACGGUAUGUCAUUUCCGUGUCAUUACGCACGAGCAGCUAUUGGAGCUCUUGACGUCGCAGCUCGCGUUGCGCGAGUGGUUCGAGCUUGCGAAGCUUCAGGUCAGGAAUUUCACCGAAUACGACCAUGAGAGGCAGAAGGUCGAAGUUUUCCGGGCGAAGCUCAGGCGGCGAACGGACCGCGCCUGGCGAAAGCACGUUCAAGAUGCUCGCGCUGCUCGCGCUGCAAGGAUGGCAGGCCGUGGUCUUCCGGCCGCUCCUGUGACAGAGGCCACUGAGAAGGAGGAAGAUCAGGAUGCUCAUCGCAGGUCCGACACGCUGACCUCGCAAGCCGCAGGAGAUGGCGAGCGCAAGGACAGCUUCACUCUCGAUGCCGUUCCUCCCAGGCCUGUGCCAACUGCAGGUUCCCUCAGCCUUCAAAUUCCAAGCGAUCGCGAGGACAUCGAGUUCGACCUCGCCAGCGCCCUGUCCGGGUUUUCCGGGUCCGACGAUGAGGCCGAGGAAGCUGACGAACGGAGCCUGUGGAGGAGCCACCACAACGCGCUUCCGAAGCCAGGGAAGCCAGGCUUGGGAAAGCACGGCUCGAUUCGUAUACUGCAAAAGCGACUUCCUGGCAAAGGAAGCUGGAAGUUCUCGAAGGGCAACACUGGCAUCAAGGCAGCCAUCCACGAAUUUUGCCGGGAGAAGGAAAAGGACCGCUUGAAAGGCAGGUUGCUGCGCAUCAUGCGGAACGACUACACGACUGGUGAAGCCACCCUGGAUGAUGACGACGACAGUGAGGAGUCCGAAGACUUCGAGUUGCCACCGGCGGAGGUGCGGGUCGUGGCCCGGGUACGCAACUUGCCCAAGCA